AUGCGGCCGGAAUGGCUCCGACUAUCAAAAUCUGUGCGUUUAUUGAUCAUCUUUGCAUCUAUCAUUGUUCUUCUUUUUCUAUUGUCAGUCGAUCAUUCCUCACAAGGCACAUCUCAAAAUGUAAUCGCUGAGAAAAGCUGUAAAUGUAAAGGAGAAACGUUUUGCUUUCAAGUUGAAAAUCUCAUUGGCGAAAUGUUCGAUUGUUCACUUUUAAAAUAUUUGAAAGAAUUUCAUUUGACGGAGAGUGAUAUUGCAAACACGGAGAUCAAAAAUUUCAACUAUAAAGAAGUCGUUUUCAUCAGCUACUCAUCGAGCAAUCAUUUCUCAGAAAGUCGUCAAAUGUUAACAGAUUUUCGGAAAAAGUUUCAAAACAAGAUUAUCUAUUAUGAUAUUGGAUUGAACAAAGGAGAGUUAGCCGAACUCGCAAAUGUGUGCAAUUUGGAAGUACGUCAGUUCAACUUUUCAGCGUAUCCCGCUCAUGUACAAACACUCGGCACUUAUGCGUUUAAAGUUAUGAUUGAAGCUGAAGUCUCGGUAUCAUAUAAUGUGUUCUGGAUGGCCGACACAUCGCUCGUCUUUCAACAAUUGCCCGUUCUACAGCAAUUUUAUCUGGAUGUGAAGAAUGGAAAGGCUCCUGAAUUCAUGAUUGGCCAAAAAGUGGCGAAAGAAAUCCAAUUUACUCAUCCUGGAAUGCGUCGUUACAUUCCCUUCCCUGGGAAAUACCGGAAUGAAAGUCAACGAGAAGCAGUGCUUUUCUUUCGUGCAACUCCAACAAGCAAAACGAUUUUGAAAUGGGCAGUUCUUUGUGCCCUGACAAAGGAAUGCAUUGCACCAUCUGGUUCAGUCCUUUAUUGUGGAAGUCCGCCAGCAAGCGGCUGUCAUCGAUUUGAUCAAAGUUCAAGCAGUCUACUCUUUCGGUCGUUUUACCCACCAGACACCGCACACUACAAAUACUACCACCAUUGUGCAAAACCAGUGCGAGGAGUUCUCAUCAAGAUUCCAUUAAGUCCAAUUCAUUGCAAUCAGACUCUUUCU